UCCAUGAUUACCUAAUCUGUGAGUUUAGAUUAGUUUUUUUUUAGCUGUAUCAACCUCAUAUAAAUGUGAGAGCCUCAAUGACCACAAUACAAUACAAGACAGCUUUUACAAUACAUUUUCAUCAUGAGGUGGCUAUCUGUGGCUGUGCUGCUCUUGGGCACCAUUACAUGCCUGCCAGAUGUGUCUCUUGCUUUGGAUAGCGUCAGAGAACAUGUUUCGGCUCACAGGAUUUCAGCCCUACGUCCUAAACGAAUGGUGGGGGGAUUACUGACCGCAUCCGUCCCCUGGCAGGCAAUGGUGUACCUCAGCGAGAACAUACUGGAUGGAGGUUUUGCUGGAGGAGCCUUGAUAGCUGAACAGUGGGUACUGACUGCUGGCCGCAAUUUAUUUGUAGGAAAGAAUCAAAGCCAGACCAGAGGAAAAGAACCACUUAUUCCAAAAGUCUAUCUUGGAAUCAGCAAACGUGUUCAUGCAAACGCCUCUACAGAAGUAGCCGUGGAAAAGGUGUUUUUGCAUCCAGACUUUCAGAACACAUCCGAAUGGGACAAUGACCUUGCUCUGAUCAAACUGAAGGAGCCAGUCAAAUUUGAUGAGUCUGUAAUGCCCAUCCCACUUCCUGAGAUUGGAGAUAACCAGGAAGAAAAUGAAGAAGAGAAAGGCAUCAUCGCAGGGUGGGGCUGGGGGAGACAUUUUACCCCUGCUCCGGUACUCAAGUUCCUGUCUCUGCCUGUACGGUCAUGCAAGGGUAACUACCAAGCAAAGGUUAUUGCAAGUACACCAAAUGUGGGUGACAAACAGUUCUGCACAGGACCUAGUAAGUACCAGGAAAACGUUUGCUUUGGUGAUGCAGGGGGUGCUCUUGCAUUCUUGAACCCCAACAGCAAAACAGUGUAUGCUGCGGGCAUCCUCUCCUUUGACAAGGCUUGUUCUGUAGAAGAGCACGCUGUCUACACAAAGAUUUCUGCCUACCUGCCCUGGAUUCAUAGUGUCAUGAGAGGUGAUUCACAAGAAUUUCUGGCGAUGCGUGCUUCACUCAUAAGUCACAUGUUUUCACAGCAGCAGUAGUGUGAUCUUUAUGCAGUAACAACUGCAUGAUAAAUGUGGGUUUAUUUCACUCGUUUGUACUUUGCACUAUUUACUGUUGUCUGAAUAAAACAUUGUCGUCAAAACAUUUAAAUCAAUAUUGAAAGCAAAACUACAAUGUCUAUGAUGGAAUUCCUUUAAAGUGUCAAUUCUGUAAGCAAUGGAAAUACAUUGAAAAUCAAGCUCGCUUCUUUCAGGAGGACUUAAAUAUGAUUGACUGAUUAUUGUGUAUAAAAUUGAGCUUACACAGACAUCAACAAGACAAAUUUACUACUGAAUGUAUUGAAUAAUAAUAAUAAUAAAUACAUAUUGAAUGUCAUACUGAAUUAUGUAAUAAAAGUAAAUAAUUUUUUUACAGCACA